AUGACAUUCAUCAGGUCGUUCUUCUUUUUGGCUCCGCUCCUCUUCUUUUCCAACCUUGCUCUUUGUGACGUCGUUGAUACCCCGUUGGGCACUCCCAGCCCCAUAUCCGUCGAGACCACUAGAUUCAUUGUCGAGUUUUCCGGUUCUGCCAAGUUCAAGAGAGAUGAGGGUGAUGCUGGCGCGUCCGAAUUCUAUUCGGUUCUGCAAGACUCGGGUCAAGAUGUCACUCCAUCACUUGUCUUUGACUCGGAAGUCUUUCGAGGAGUUUCGUUCGAUGUAAAGAACGCCACCAACAACACACUUGCCGAGAUUGAAGCUCUUCCAGAGGUUGCCAAAAUUUGGCCCGCGGCAUUCUUCCACCUGCCGGUUGAAGGGUCUGCUGCUGUUGCUGACAGCGAUUCGCGACUCACAUACCCUGCUUGGAGUGUUCACAACGACACCAAUGUGGCUGCCAUGCACCAGGCUGGUCACUUUGGUGAAGAUGUUGUCAUCGCAAUCGUUGACUCGGGCAUUGACUAUACCCAUCCCGCUUUCGGUGGCGGAUUCGGUCCAGGCUACCGGGUCGAGGCAGGCUAUGAUCUUGUCGGAGAUGACUAUGUGGCUGGGGGUGAGUACAAGCCCGAUGAUGACCCCAUGGACUGCUUGGGCCAUGGAACUCAUGUUGCUGGAAUUGCUGCGAGUGGAGACUCGUACCUCCCCGGGGUGGCACCCAAAGCCCGUCUUCGUGCUUACAAGGUGUUUGGCUGUGGUGAUGGCACCUACGAGGACACCAUCGUGGCUGCAUUUCUCAAAGCAUACGAAGACGGUGCUGAUGUGAUCAAUGCAUCUCUCGGUUCAAACAGGGGGUUUCCGGACAGUCCAACAGCCCUUAUCGCAUCGACGAUUGCAGCAGCUGGGGUUCUGGUCGUUUUUGCUGCCGGUAACAGCGGCUCCACGGGCCCUUUUUACACUAGUAGUGGCGGCAAUGGCGUUGGAAGUCUUGCAGUUGGUAGUGUUCAAGCCGAGGACUGGGUUGCGUAUCAGUUCACAGCUAUUUCUUCCAGCGGAGAGACCCGAGAUAUUGCUUAUCUCAGCGACACCUUGAAGCAGUUCAACCUGAACGGCACUUUCGCGGCUUUCACUCGUCCCGACGUUCGAGAGAAAACUGCAUGUACCUGGGAUCAGCCCACUGGUCCCAAGGACUCUGUAACGGUCAUCCCCAAGGGCACAUGCGCGUGGCAAAUCCAGGACUCAAGUGUUAUAGGAAAGACCAACAGCAUCCUGUAUAUUCAGACAGAGUCAGGGGACUGGGAACGUCCAGAUCGCGCCGUUUACAGAGAGGAUCAACCUCAAAAUUCUGCUGUCAUCCUGUACGAAGACGGUGACUGGAUCAUGAGCCAGGCUGAGGCUGGUUACGAUGUCACAUUUGAAUUCAUUCACAAUAACCAGGCCAUUUCUAUCCCUCGUUCUGGCUUUGCAGGGGGGAGAAUCAACGAUUUCAGCUCUUGGGGGCCUACUCUUGAUGCCAGGAUGAAGCCUGAAAUCUCGGCCCCUGGUGGCUCCAUUCUGUCUACCUGGCCUGUGUCUUCGGGGUCAUGGGCAACCUACUCGGGCACUAGCAUGGCAAGUCCCUACGUUGCGGGAGUCGGAGCUCUUUUCUUCGGUUCCCGCGGUGGUCGCUCUGCUCUGGGCCCCAAAGCUGCCCAGAUGGCUGUCGAUCGUAUCAUCGCCAGCGGAAGACCGGUCCAACACAACGAUGGAACCAGCAAUCCUGCGUCUGUUGUUAGACAGGGGGCAGGAAUUGUUGACGCUGCCUCUGUCAUUCUGUCGGGCACCUCUGUCAGUCCGGCAAACUUGAAUCUCAACGACACGGUUCACUUCAACCCGUCUCACCAAGUAGUUCUCACCAACUCCAACGACGAGACGGUCACAUACCAAGUGACUCACGAGGCGGGCAUCACUAUACAUACCAAAGGAAAUGGGGAUGCCUGGGUCUCCAGUGAGCCUUCGUACUCCAGUGACGAGGGUGAAGUGGCCACAGUUUCGCUCUCUGAUGAUACCUUCACCCUCGGUGCCGGCGAAUCUGCUACUCUCCACCUUGAGUUUGUCGAGCCUGCGACCGUCAGCGCCAGUUAUCUCCCUGUCUACGGUGGCCGCAUCCUUUUCGGGGGCUCGAACGGCGAGGUUGUUUCUGUCACCUACAUGGGUAUAAAAGGAAGUAUAUACGCAAGUGACACUUGGGAGAUGGAUCGAGGGGUUCCAAUGUGGCUCAGUGGCUAUGGUGGUUUGAUGGAAGAGGGCUACGAGUACUCGUUGGAGACCGGCUCCGAUGUGUUCCAGCCCUAUUUCAACAUCCUGUGGUCCACUCGCGAGAUUGGCCUUGACUUUGUGACCAGGGAUUGGGAGCCCAGUGACUGGGUGUAUCCGCCUGUUGCCGGCAAGAACAACUGGAUUGGCUCGGUUCGGACUCGGCCUAGUGGUCUCAAUGAUGAGAUUAUCAACUUCCCCUUGGUGAACUAUCCUCGGGUCUCUGGAGCUUUCUAUGUGGCACCCCAGGGAUACUUUGCCAACGGCUCAUCAAUUCCCGAUGGCGAAUAUCGGCUCCUUGGCCGAGCAGUCCGUACCUUUGGAGACUUGAACAACCUCGACGACUGGCAGUACGCGCUUUCACCGUGGUUCUCCGUGAAACGAGACAUCAAGCCUACGGACACGACAACCUCUGAAGUCGCAAGUGCUACCACCCUUGCGAGUAGCGUCACCUCGGAUGCUACGACUACUUCCGAGGCCCCUGUAUGCACGGCUGGUGCUCCUCGCGCAGUGUCUCUGACGGCAUAUGUGGGAGAUGCUGAGGACGGCUACAAGCUUUAUCUCUAUUCAGAUUUUCUGGCCGCAGAUCUCCGUAGUGAGCAGUCACCUCUGAGAUGGGAGCUUACAGAGGACGGCCAUCUCCAGUCCAAGUCUCUGACUACCGGUGCGGAUAUCUUUGCCGCAGUCCACACCAACACCAAUAGCUUGGUAUACAUGUAUCCCGCAUCACGCAUCACGGGGGCGUGGUCACAUCUUGCGUGCCGCGUCACUACUGAGGGCAUACUGAGCUGUGUGUCUGGCGAGAAGGACAAGUUCUACAUCUGCGAUCUCGACGCAGGUCUCAUGCGCCACGGCCCGACUAUCGUGGACGGCUGCACAGCUCUGACAUUCAAGGUCGAGGACCUUUCGGAUCCUUGCGCCACUACUUCUGUCGCCUCAGUCACUUCUGAUACGCUUAUAACCACCACUGGUAGUGUUUCAGGCUCGACCACAGAAUCCUCUGCUGAAUCUACGCUGACGGCUUCAUUUGCCAGCUCCAUCACGACACUGGAUGCAUCAACUACCAGCAUAGCUACCGCCACCAGCGAGGUCACCACGUCGACAGAGGACAUGAUCACAUCUCAGACUACUUCCGUUUCCUGGGAGAGUGAAGGACCGACGGAUUCUACAUUCGCCGAUUCCUACUACCUCCUCUGA